AUGAUCCUUAACAUUGAAGCCCUCAGCAGGAGGUAUCAGGAACUGCGAGCUGCCGAGGAUAGCAAGGACAGGAUUAUCGAGGAUUUACUUGAAAAUAUUAAACAACUUGGGUCCAAACAUGCAAAGGCAGUGGACGACUAUGACGACCAGAAAAGGGCCACAAGCUCGCUGAGGGAAGACAUUAAGAAAUACAAGCUUGAUAUUGAUGCAAUGAAACGGGGUCAGGAUAAAUUGAGUUUUGUUUCUGUUAUCGUCGACGGGGAUGGCAUGAAUGUACGCCGUUCCGUCCUCCCUACAGUGGACAGUUCUAACUUCCCUCAGUUUCUAGAGAGCCUUGUACAGGACGGAAAGCACGGAGGUGAUAGAGCUGCACGACGCUUGAUUGAAGCUUCCGACGAUCACGUCCAAAACACUGAGCCAGCUGCUCCUUCCAACACCUGCUAUAAGAUCCGAGUGUACGCCAAUGUUGCUGGCCUGACUAAAGCUUACCGAGGCGACAAGAUUCUGGACUACGAUCAGGAUUUGACUUCAUUUAUCCAGGGAUUCAACAAAGCCCAUCCCUUGUGCGAUUUUGUUGAUGUCGGGGACGGGAAGGAGUGUUGUGAUGUGAAAAUGCGAGCUCUUCUUGAGCGAGACCUUGUUGAUAUUCAUUGUCAACGGGUUUUGUUUUGCGCAUCUGCAGACAAUGGCUAUGCACCGGUCCUGCGCCAGUACCGGGGAUCAAGCCGGAUCUCCCUGGUCGAGGGACCGCCAUUUGCGCGAGAUAUGAAGGAGUUAGCAAGUGACUUUAAAACUACGUCUUUUCCAAGCGUUUUCAUGGCUAGAAAACUGAACGAGACUCAAAGGGCGUCCUCUGGUUCUGUGUCCACAGCAACAAGCACGACCACCACAAUUUCCUCAGGAUCACCAACCCCAAAUUAUGCGUCCGCGGCAGCAAAGCCAGCCCCUGCCCUGCAAUUCCCAUUUCCACCGGCAAAAGGCCGCCAGGAACCCAUGAUCAGCCUAAGGCUGUCACUUUAUGUGAAUGACCUGGACCAGAGAGUUGACUGGCCCCUGAAAACGUCACCAAAACAAACUGUCGCAUCGUUGAAAGCGCGGAAACUUUGCAACAGAUUUCACAUCCUGGGGGAUUGUCCGUACGGGAUCUUCUGUUCACACGAGCAUGGAAUUGCGCCCAGCCGCCAGGAAGUCGUGGACUUGAUGUACAUCGCGAGAUCCAGCCCGUGUGGAGAGGGCGUUUACUGCCGCGACGUUAAAUGUCUUUCAGGGCAUCGGUGUGCAUUUGGGGAGAGUUGCAUUAACAAGCAGGAGUGUAGGUUUGAUUCAAGUAUGCAUGCUGUUGCGUUGGAUAAUUUCAACCGGAUCGAGGAGUACCCAUUGGAUUAG